UGUGCAAAAGCGCCAUCUGUAUAUCGAUGCGAUGCAUCGAGAGGAGCCCUUCUGCUGCGGACGAAAUUAGUCGUGGGGUAUCUCUCGCGCGGCAGUUUUCUUACAGAAAAAAAUUAUGAUGGCAAGCAAGGCUUGGAAGGUGGUCCAGCCGCACGUGCCGAUGAUCAAGUUCCGCAAGGGCGGCAGCAAUCGCGCAGCAGUUGCGGGCACGACGGCCGCGCCAUCUGCGCGAUCAGGAUCGGCGCAGAUGCAGCAGAGCGCGGGAGGUGCGACGGGCCCCCAGGUGAUCGUUCUACCGACGAUAGAAGAUGUUAAUUUGCCGCCGCGAUUUCAGAGACAGCCGAUUGAUCAAAAGGAAAUCGAAUAUAUCAAUCGUGGCGGACCGGAGUGAGUUUUGCAGCGCAAAGCAUUUAGGAUAAACCGUAAACUCCGUAUUUAAUUAACUUUGUUAUUGACCGACUCGGUGCAAUGUGUUGUUAAAAUAAAUGGACGUGGCCAGAGAGUUCCCAAGCU